AUGAGCUUCGCUUCCCUGGAGCAGGCGCUCUCAAGCAGCGCUCCCCGCCUACGGGGCCCACUACUGCAGAGGCCUCUAGUUGGGGCUUUUUCAUUAUGCGGCACAGCCCUGCAGCCACUCAGGCACAAAGGGCACAGCAGCAGCAGCAGCAGCACCUGGAGCACCAGCAGCAGCAGCGAAGGCAGCGGCAGCGGCAGCAACAUCAGAAACAACAGAGAGCAGCAGCAAAGACAGUUAGGCGCAGCAAAAGAAGUGGAGUGUCUUGGUGCAGGGAGCUCGGGAAGUCCACAUGGUGACGCACACGCAGCAGUAGCAGCAGCAACAGCAGCAGCAGCCACAGCUACAGCAGCAGCAACAGCAGCAGCAGCCACAGCUACAGCAGCAGCAACUGCUGCAGAACGUGGGGCUCAUGCUUUGCCGCAGCUUUCAGAGUUCGAGCAGCAGCUGCUGCUGCUGCAGGAAGCAGAGCGGCUUCACUGCAGCAGGAGUAGCAACAGACCUGUCAGCCCAAAGGAGCUGCAGUUGCUGCUUAAGGCGCCGCAGCAGCUGCUGCAGCAGCAGUUGCUGCAGCACAGACAGCAGCAGCUGCUGCAGGUACAGCUGAAGGAUCUGGUGCUGGUGCUUCAGAGCGUCGCUCGUUUGGCUCGCCCCUAUAGGCCCCUGCUGCUGCAGCAGCCCCUUCUGCUGCAGGGGGCAGGGCAUCGACCCGCAGCAGCACCUGCAGUAGACCCAGCAGCAGCAGCAGCAGAACCAGGAGCAGCAGCACUAGCAGCAGCGGGUGGGCACACUCCCGAAGCAGCAGCAUCAAGCAUAUCGGCAGCAACAGCCAACAGCCCCUCAGCAAAAGAACCGGCUGAAAUAGCAGCAUCAGCAGCAGCAACAAUAGGAGCAGCAGCAGCAGCAACAACAGUACCAGCAGCAGUAGCCUGUGCUGCAGUGCAGCGUGGCCUCCAAGAUGCCCGUCGUGCCCAGACCCCCGCUACUGCUAUGCAGCAGCUGCAGCGGUUCAUGAAGCAGGUACUACUGCUUGCUCUGAGGUUGCUGCAUCAGCAGCAGCAGCAGCAGCAGAAGAGGCAGUUGCAGCUGAAGCGGUUACAGCAGCAGCAGCAGCAGCUACCGCAACAGCGAGAGCCCCACCCGGCGACGCAGCAGGAGCAGCAGCUGAGAACUGAGGCCCAGUUUGUGCUCCCUAGCUGUCACCUGCAGCAGCGACAGCGGCAAAAGCAGCAACAGCACCAUCAGCAGGUGCUGCUCCUGCAGCUGCUGCAGCAGCUGCAGUCUGUGGGCAUCCACUGCAGCGACUUCACCGCUGCUGCUGCUGCAGCUUUCCAGCAGCAGCAGGAUCUCCUGCUGUCACCGAGCCAGCUGGUAGUGUUGCUGGACAUUUUUGCAGCGUCCUUUGUGGCUUUGCAGCAGCAACGUGGGGCAGCAGCAGCAGCAGCAGAUGCUGCUGCUGCCGCUGGUGCUUCUGCUGCAGUUCAGGGUGUGUUUAGGAGGGCCGCUGCGAAACUCACUCGCCUUUUCCGCCUUGACGCGCAGCAGCGCCGCCUGCUGAGGCAUCAGCAGACACAGCAGCAGCAAGCGCAGCUGCAGCAGCAGACACGAACACAGCAGCAGCAGCAGCGGCGACGUGUACUGAUUCUGAGGGCUAGCGAGGUUGCGCUGCUGCUGCGAGCCUUCACUCGGGUUGGCCUUGUGGACCUUGAGGUGUACAUGCACCUCGCCUCUACCUACCUGGUCCGGGCACUACAGCAGCAGCAGCAGCAGCAACAGCAGCAGCAGCCUGGAGAAGAUGGGCACUCCCGUUGCCGUCAGCUCAGUCGCUUGUUUGUGGCUUGCGUUGAUGCUAUAGAAACAGCAGCAGCAGCUGCAACAGCAGGAGCAGCAAACACAGCGCAGCCGACUGCAGCAGCAGCCAUGUUGAAAGCAGCAGCAGCAACAGAAGUGCCGUUUGCAGCAGCAUUCGACGCCGCAGCACUGGGAAAGGCAGGAACUGAAGCAGCCGGUGCCAGCAAAGCAGCGUCCGGAUCAGCAGCAGCAGAAGCAGCAACCACUGCUGCAGCUGCUGCUCCUGCAGCUGCUGCUGCGGGGGGCAAAAUCAGAGCGAAGCCGUCGCUUGCCCGUCUGCUGUCGCGUUCUCUGGCUCCCCUGUGCGGCUGCCUCAGCAGUGAGUUGCUGCUGCUGCUGCCCUCCUUGGCCCCACAAGAAGCUUUGCUGCUGCUGCGGUCCACCUGCCAGCUGCUUUUGCUGCUGAAGAGGCUGCCACAAGAGCAGCUACUGCAGGCCUACAUACUAGGCUCGUCGCUGCAGCAGAAGCAGGCCAAGAGGCUGCUGCAGCGAGUUGAUGCUACAGUAGCAGCAGCAGCAACAUCAGCAACAGCAGCAACUGUACCUGCAGAGACGACAGAAUACGCAAUGAGCUUAGCAGCUCCGGGGGGAGACACGCAAGCAGCAGCAGCAACAGCAGCAGCAGCAGCGCUCUCGCUGAAGCGACGAUGCCUGCAAAGCUUGAGACCUCUUUUAGAAAAGCUGGUGCUGCAGCUGGCUGCUGCUGCUCCGGAGCUAUCUCUGCAGCAGACAGCGCAGCUGCUGCAGCUGCUACAGCGCGCUGACUCGCUAGCAGCAGGCUCCGCUGCUGCUGCUACUGAGGCCAGUGCUGCUGCAGCAGCACCGUUGAGGGCACUGCCGCUUGCAGGCCUCAUGCUGAGGAGGUCCAGCUUUUGUCUGCAGCUGGAACAGCAGCUGCUGCAACGCGAGGAGCAGCACCAGCAGCAGAGACGAGAUAGCCUGCAGCUCAUUCCCUACGGAAGUGAGCAGCAGCAGCGGCUUUCGAGACAGCCUGCUGCUGUUGCUGCUACUACUGCUGCUGCUGCUCUUUCCGUGCUGAAGUGCGCAUCGGGGUUUCUAACUGCUUCUGCUUCUGGGGGCUGCUGCACACUGCAGGCUCAUGCUACAGCAGUGUCAGCUGCUGCUGCAGAGUGUUUGCUGCGUCCUGAGGCCUGGAGCUGCUUCAGCCCUUCCCGCCUUGUGACUGCUGCGGGGGUCCUAGCAAAGUGCGCCGCAGCAGCAGCAGCAGCAACAGCAGCACAUUUAAGCCAAGCAGAAGCUGCUGCUGUUCCCUUCACUUACUAUGGCAGCAGCGGCAGCAGAAGCAGCACAAGCCUCUCUUUAGCUGCUGGGAGGGCUGCUGAGAUUUAUGGGGAAGAGACCCUGGAGGACGACGGCUUUGCGCUGCCUAGCAUGAGCAGCAUGAGCAGCAGCAGGAGCAGCAGCAGGAGCAGUGGGGAAAGCGCAACAACAGAGAAAUCGACCAGUCACUUUGCUGCACCCGCUGCAGCAAUCUUCCAAAUGGCACUGGAGGCCCUCUCUGGAGAGCUGCUGCAGCAGCUCCUGCGAAGCAAAGAGUCGCGCUGCAGCAGCUGCAACGAAUUCGGCGCCUCAGUGUCGGCGACCGGAAGUCUUACUACUACGACGGCUGCUGCUGCUGCUGCUGCUGCUGGGCUUGGUCACGCACUACCUCUUCGAGAGGUCUCUCUGCUUGUGUCUUCGCUGCUCAGAGCAACAGGCAUUUCUGGUGCAAGGGCCAGGGGGCCCCACACUACGAAUCUGCUUGAGGUGUCUUUGGCGUGGCUGGAGCUGCAGCAGGCGCUGCUAGAGCCGCAGCACCUGCGGAUCCUGGCAGCUGCGCUGCAGCAGCAGCAGAUAACCACUGCGCCUGCAGCCGUAGCUGCUGCUCUUGAGCGCUGGACCAGGACUGCAGCUGCAGCCUUAGAGAGAAAGGUUGCGGAACCUGGUGCUGCUGUCACAGCCGCUGCUGCUGCUGCUGAUGCUGCUGCUGCUGCACCAGAAAAGCUUCUGCCCUUUCCAGCUACACCUUUGAAGCAAAUUAAAGCUGGAGCCCACGGUGACCUCGCCUGGAGAUUUCUGGGCGUAGCUCGGAGAGCCUAUAUACGCCUAGGAACUCUCGGAAACCAGAGCAGUGACAGCAGCAACAGUAGCAGCAGCAGCAAGAAAAGCAGCAGCAACAGCACUGAGUUGGAGCAGCAAAUGGCUGAUAUUGGCGUGGCGCUGCUAGUAGGCUUGUGCCGCCUCAAGCAGCAACGGAAUUUGCUGGUGCUCAACCAAGGCAACGGCAUGCUCAAUACAGAGCAGCAGGAGCAACAACAGCAACAGCAACAGCAGCGGCAACUUGUCAAUUUGCUAUGCAGCUACUUAAGCAGAUGCGUUCCAAAGGACGCUUCCUUGUUCAUGCGAGCUGCAUCUGCUGCCAGGCGUGUUGCUGCCCAGCAGCAGCAAGAGCAGCAGCAGCAACAACAACAGCAAGAGCAGCGACAGCAACAGCAGCUUCGGAAACACUCGCUGCAACUUUCAGGAGUUCCAGGAAGCGAGGCACAUCUCCAGCUUGCUGCUGUUGUGCUGCAAUGUGGGCAAUCUCUCUUGCUGCACCUUAAAGAUGAAGCGCAUACAGCAGCAGCAAAGCUGCAGCAGGUGGGCUGUGGCAGCAGCGCCAAACCAGCUGCGCCUGCUGCUGCUGCUGCUGCUUCCGGGGCUGCCGCUGUUGCUGCUGAGGUGGUCGGUGCAGUCCUAGGGUUUGGCAGCCUAAUACGCGCCUUCUCCCUUCCAGGUGAGUCUCGAGUCUCGGCAGCAGCAACAACAGCAACGGCAGCAACAGCAGCAACAGCAGAAACAGAAGAUGCAGCAGCACGCCCGAAUGGCAGCGCAGCAGGAAGGCCCCUGCAACGCCAGGAAGAGCUGCAUGCAGCAGCAGUCCGAGGUCUGCGCGAAGGCCUGCAAACGCUUGCGCUGCUGCUGGAGGCCUGUGGACCGAGAGCUUCUGACACUGAGCCUCCUGCUGCUGCUACUGCCGCACUCUUUCCAACUGCUACUGCAGUAGCUACAGCUACUACCGCCACGUCAACGAAUUCCGCUGCAGUAGAAGCUGCUGCUGCUGCUGCCGAUUGGCCGCCUAGGAAUCAGCUGCUUGUACUGUUCGCCCAGCACACAGCCGGUCGCCUUCGGGCGUCUCAGCUUUGUCUCACUUUGUCUUUGUGGCUCCAGUUUCCUUCAGCUAAAGGAUAUGAAAGAAAUGGGCACAGAGAGGCAGGAAAUUUGCUGCUGCUCCUGCUCCACCAGCGUCUGGUGCUGCAGCAAAAGAUGGCCCCGUCCGGCCCUCCGGAGGUGGGAGCAGCAGAGCUGCAGGCUUCGGUAACCGCAGCAGAGCGACUGGGUGUUGUAGAGCCCAUCAAGGCUACUCUGGAGCACCUGCUGCAGCAGCAGCAGCAGAAGCAGAAGGAGUAUCAGCAGCGGUAG